CCCCGUCCCCAGCUGCCGCCGCCGCUGUUGUUGUUGUUGCGGGUGACGUCGGGGCCGGGCUCAACAUCGCCCCCCUCCAUCCCUGCUCCACCACCACCCACACCCCCACCAGCCUCGCUCCUGCAUCACAGACCUCGCCUACCCCUCGUGUGACACACACACCACCAUCACCACCACCACCACACACGCGCGCACCAAGAUGAUGUCCCGUGUGGCAUCGUUGUCCCUCUUGCUGUGUGGCCUCUACUGCUGCUGCUGCUGCGCGGCGCUGCCCGAGACUCGCUGGAGGCCCAUGCUGGGUGCUCCGACCGCCAUCCAGCCCACGGAUCCGGGCCUCCACACGGCGGCAGCGGAGGCCACUCGCCGAUUCAACUCGGGCCUCAACAGCCGCACGGUCUACAGACUCGACAGGGUGACGAAGGCCACACGCCAGAUUGUGAGCGGUCUCAAGUACAUCUUUGAGGCAGACCUGAAGAGCACGGAAUGCUUGAAAUCGGAGGAACGAGUGGCUGAGGACUGCAACUUCCACGAUGAUGGCGUGGCCACUGUUUUCAAGUGCCGCUUUGAGGUGUGGACAAUCCCCUGGCGCAAGCAGACCAAGGUGCUGAGUCAGAGCUGUCAGCAAAACAACCCAAUAAAACCUUCUACCAUGCCAAACGCCUAAUUUGGAACAUCAUCCAGCUGGCUAGGCAAAUAUAAACAUGCAUUUGGCCAGCCAGCUAAUUAUUUGGGCACACAUACAAAAACCAGACAUGUUCAGCUCGUCAGAUACUUAUUCAGGCACACAGCGAGACACCUUUAUAAUUAGCCAGACACACAUACAUAGAGUCAUUUGGAUGAGUCAGAUGCACAGUUAUCUGUUCAGGCACGCAGCCAUUCUACUUGAUGGCUUUGAUGAGCACACUUCCACUCGACAUUAAUAAAAUCAGUAGACACCUAAGUCCUCUGGGUAAUGAUUAAUUUGCACAUGUACGCAGCUGGAUAAUUAGGAAUACAGUAGACCGCGAGAAGACAAGGAGUUAAAGAUUAAUUUCCAAACAUUUGCUUUUAAAAUGACCAAUACACACAUGAUAUACAGUGUUACUCUAUUUCAGAACAUAUUAAAAAUAGAUUUUUAACACUUAAAUUUUGCAUGUAUACUGUUGUUGUUUUCAUUGCUUAUAUUAAUAUUAUCUCUUCAUUAUAGUUAUUUGAUAGUGUAGCCACAGUUAUUAAUGAGAACCCUGUAUUUUCACAUCUCUUGCGCAAUUAUUAAAAACGUCAACAACUUGCGUAGGUUUUUCGCGGUUGUGUUGCGCAAAUCGCCAUUGUUUUCUGCGGUUGUGCUCACAAGCACAUCAGCAUAAUGUCUCGCGUUCCACUCCACUGCCGAGCGGAAACGGCGGUACAUCUUACCAAACAGCACGUGGUACAACCCAAAAACACACCGAGUGAGCUAUGGUACUCUUUACACAACCUGCAAUGGAAACAAAUACAGACGCAAAUUGUACUAAAUGCAACUUUCAUAUCAAGACCGUUUGCAAAUUGUGGCAAAGGAAUUCAAACGUCCAUGUGGAGUAAUUGAAAAAGAGGUAAGAGAGGGAGUUUGAGGAGUUUUACCUUGAGUGAGGAAUUGUGGCAUAGACUACUAGGGGCCCAAGGGCAAAAUUUAUACAAUUUUAUUGUUGUACGUACAGAUGUAAACACUUCAUACGGAGAGGCAGACAGCCUUGAGCCUCGGUCUGAACAGGAGGUCUCAAGCAGUGAGGAUGGCCAGAGUAAGAGAUAAUCAAUGGUUGAAGUAGCAAAGAAGGAGUGACCUCCCACUGCGCAAAUGUUGACAGACUGGAGCAGAGGGAACGUGAGUACGUUGGUAGUUCCACCGGACAGGCGAUCAUGAUGGGACAUACGUUUGAAUUUCAGUGCGACUGACACAUUUUGACAUAGACGAUAUUUAAUGUGGGGUUUUUACACGUAGUUAUCGGUUAGAAUGUUUGCAUGUUAUGUACUGUCGCUCACCUUUUUUGUUUCAAAUUCGAAGCCGCAUAAUCUAAAUGUGUGCUCCACAAUUUGCUUCUCUCUUUAAAACAAUAAUAGUAUUAGCAGUAUUAAUCGCAAGAUAUAAGUAAUAAAAUAUCGUAUUUUGCAUAUCAACAUUUAGCUGGAAAUAAAAUCAAGUUUAUCUCACCAGGCCUGCGUGUGGGUACACUUUUGUUUACAGUGAAUGUGGUUGCGGUUUUUGUAUGACGUGUGAGAAAUGUGUUUCCUUUGCACACACAUGUAACUUCAAUUGCAGUCCAGAAAAUCGGGCCACCACUCACAAAAGAUUGCAUAACUAUGUUUUUUUAAAAGCCACCCAAAUGCAAACGUGACCAUGUGAUCGAAGAAAAUAAAAACAUGCUUUACGAU